GAUCGUUGUAGUUCUCGUGAUCGCGCAUUGGACGGUCGCAGUCACAAUUGUAAUCGCAAUCGCAGAGUGGCAAGUCGCAGAUUCUGAGUCCCAUCGAGGAAGCUACGUGCCGUUUGAACACGCCUUUGAUUCUUAGGUCAGCAGGUGUCUAACAAUUGAGAAUAACUCGGUCUGCCCGAUACUGUGGCGUGCCAAAUUGCAAAAUCAAAAUAUCACGUAUACGUCGCGUACAAAGUUCAAAUACAACGAACUGCCUGUUGUUGAUCCUUCAGAACCGGUUUACUAGCUGAAUGCUAAUACACACACAUAUACACGCAUAUGUAUGUUUAGUACAUAUAUGUGUCAGCUGAGGACGAGCAAUAAAUCGAAUCGAAUCGAAUAGAAUUGAACGAGACGUAUUUUGCGGCCUUGACAGCCCAUUAGAAAGAAAACCGAAGUCGUCAAGCCAUAGUCUCCACCCCUCCUCCAGUUCCUGCAGUUUCAAUUCCAGUUAUUGUUGCUUUAGCUUUUAUUGACACCGCCAUCGUCAGCAGCAGAGGCAAUUCCAAUUGGAAAUAACAAGAUCGCGCUCUAGUGUGAUGUGGGACAGGAGCGGCGUCAACGAGUUGGCCAAGAAUCUAGUAGGCCAGGAGCAUUACGAGUACACACGCAGCCAGCACAACUAAGCCAAAAUCUUCUUCGACUGACUGCCAACCGUCACCACCUCUUCGCUUUUUGCUCAUACAUACAUACAUACAUAUGUAUGUAUAGUGUGUAUGUAUAAUACGAGUAGAACAUAUAUCGUGUCUGCACAUAUUCAAGACAUUCGCAGAGUGCAUUCAACCUGAAGAAUACACAACAGCAACAGCAACAAUAAUAACAACAACAACAUCAACAUCAGAAAAACAAAGCCAAACAAUUGAUUAAACCAAAUACAAAACACCAGCAUAGGCAUAGGCAUAGGACUUAUGCCAACGCACUUUUGCGAUCUCAACGAUCUCCGAGACAGCGAUAGCUCAAGCAAAUACAACAACAAAGCAGGGCAGCAACAAUACUAAUAACCAUAACAAAAAUAAAUACAACAUUUUAACCGGCAAAUUAGCCUAAAAAAAACCCAAAACGAAUUUCGAAGAAAGAAGCACGCGCGUAUUAAAAUUUUGCGUUUGAACAUUUUAAAGUGUUUCGAUUUUUCUUCAUUUUUUUUUUUUUUUGUUUCUUUUUGCAUUUCUCAAAUGUGAAAACAAGAAGGGGCCCGCAGAAAAAACAAAUGCCGCAUAAAUAUAUAUACUGUAUAUAAGUAUAUAUAUGGUAUAUGUAUAAGCAUACAUACAUACAUAUUUAUGUGCACAUAUAGUGUGUAAUAGAACGAAAACGAGAGCAAGAGACGGCCAGCGAGAGCAAGAGAGAGGAGGCAAGGGAGAAUCAACUUGUGGCCAACAACUUUUUCAAAAUGGUGCUCCAGAAUCACAAUACAGUCGUGGCCCGCUCGACGCUGACCCCAAACAGCAGCAGCCAGAACUUCGGUUCGUCGCACAAUGCACUGCGCGGCAUUGGCCCGCAACGGACUGCCAGCAACCAGCGUCCCAUUAUCGAUCUGUUGGUGGCCAUGGUGGCGAUACCAAUCCUCAUACUGUGCGCCCUGCAGCUGGAGAAGAAUCUGCACGAUAUACCAAAUAGUCCGCAGUCGCGUUGGCUGGUCUUUGCCCUCGGCAUUGGGAUGCUGGUGAUUAGCGUCAUUAUCUGUGGCUAUGUGACGCAUCGCAUGGGCGUGUGCAUCUGGGCGGGACCGAUCGACGAGGCCGGAAAUCGUGUCACCGGCGGUAGCUUGCCACAUAUCAACUCACAGAACGAUGUGCUGCGCAUUGUGGACUCGAUGCCUCCCAGCUACGAUAGCGUCGUGAAGUUCGAGCUGCCGCCGCCUCCCUACGACUGCAUUGUCGUGGACAUGGAGCAGGGCAAGGAUCUGCGACCGGAGACAUCGGCCAAGGGUGCUGGAGUCUCGGCUGCCCACACCACACUGCACAUCUAGGCAGAUCCGAGAUAGCUAGGACGAGAUGGGGACGCUUUUGGUUCGAGGAGAGAGAAUAAAAGAGAUUUUCAUUUGGAAUGGACUUGACCCACGUUGGCGAUCGAAAUGAAGAGCUCGAUCGAUCGGCUGCUGCGGCUGGCAACUUCUAGGCCCAGUUCCUAGCCACAUACUACCCAGCAUGGCCAGCAGCGAAUUGUAGAUAGCGCAGGCUAUAGCCUUGUAUUUACUUAAAUUUAAGCGCCUAGUAUUGUAAUUGUAAAGUUUUUUUUAUUGUUUUUCCUUUGAGUUGCCUUUUUCGUUUCGUUCGGUAUUUUUUAGACAUUUACUAUAUUUUUUGUAAUAUUGUGGCCCACACGCACAAGCUUUGUAAAUAAUAUAUACGUAUACCUAUUCCUGAACCGCAUCUAGUCCAAAGUACAUUAAAACCGAAGCAAAAACAAAGCUGAAUUGAUUUACUUAAACGCAAAAAAAGAAAGAAAGAAGGAAUCAUGUGUGUGUGUGUGUGUGCGGCCCAGGACGGUGCGAAUCAGAUCAGUGUUACCUACAAUAUGAUACAUAUACAAAGGUAUAAUUAGUUAUAUACUCGUAUUUGCGUGCAUACUAGUUUAUAAAACGACAGACGACGACGACGGAACGCAUUCUAAAUGUAUAUAGAAUUGUAUUUAUAUUUGUAUACAACUAAAUCAAAAAACAACUACAGCAAAAAAAAGAGUUGUCUUCAUAAACAAUACCAAUUCAAUGAAAUGUCAAACGUUCAGUUCGCUUUCCAAAAUAAAGAAUUCCUAUUUAAUAUUAUCGGCGAA